UUUUCUCUAUUGUGCAGGCUUCUAGAAUUGAAUCAUAAAGGAAUCUGGCAUAGGAAUUUGAGGAAACAUAGAACUGAUUCAAAAGCUAAGCAGGGUAGCAAUAGAUUCCAGAAGACCUCGACUCAACCAACCAAUUUUAUGGCAACCCCUACAAAGCCAACUGAGUCAAUGGCAAUGCUUGGUGUGACCCCAAACCAACCAACUAGGUCAAUGAAAAUAUUUGGCGUGACCCUUACCCAACCAACUGAGUCUAUGGCAGCGCCUAAUGUGACCCAUAUCCAACCAAUUGACCAAUCUAUGGAAAUUCCUUGCGUGACCCAUAUUCAACCAAUUGAGCCUAUGGAAAUGCCUGGUUUGAUCCCAAUCCAACCAACUAGUUCUAUGACCAUGCCUGGUGUCACCCCUACCCAACAAACUUUGACUAUCGAAAUGCCUAGUGAGACACCUCCUUCUCUUGAGUUUAUGAAGCAGAGGUUGGAGAUGAUGGCAUCAACCAUGGAGACUUCAGGGCAUACACUUUCCCCUCAAAUGAGAGCCCAACUGGAUUCUGGAAUUAAAAAUCUUCUGAGAAGGGUGAAUGCCAGGCUAAAUGCCUGAAAAAUGUUAUUAGAAGCUUUUAUUUUCAAAUUAAUCAUGAUGCUAUUUAAGUAGAAUAGAGUAGUCCUGAUUUAUGUUUCGGUCCUAAUUCAGUGAUUGUAUUGGUGACCUUUCUUUUCCAUCCUUUGACUUUUGAACAAUUCAUUUGAAUGGUUAAAGAAUAUUUCUGAAUGAAUGUCAUUGGAUUCAAUAA